CUUGUGAAUAACAACAAAAUGUCAAAAUAAAUUGAAUGGAGUGAAAAGUGUCGCUGCCGGAUUUUGGAAUAAGAAGUGAGCAAGUGAAUAUCGUCAAAAAAUCGAAAAUAUUCCUAGAAAUCCUUUUAGUUAUUAGUUUGUAAUUAUCGGUUUUAAAAUUUAUUCGCUGUACGUUAUAGUUUUUUAGUAUUAUUUUUGUUUAGCUAAGCCUGUGACUAAAGUCGAAAUUCUAAAUAAUAUCGAGUAUCUAGAGGACAUUCGCUGGGCGUAAAAAGAAAAUGGCGUGUGCUACUCUAAAAAGAAAUUUGGACUGGGAGUCCAUGUCCCAGAUGCCUGCUAAAAGGCGAAGAUGUGCUCCGUUUGCAGCCAGCUCAAGCACAAGCCCAGGAAUAAAAAUGACUGAAAAUAGGCCUUCGAGUUUUGGAGAGUCAGUAACUGCACCUGCUAAAUUGACCCCAGAGCGCAUGGCGCAAGAGAUAUGUGACGAGAUCAAGCGGCUGCAGCGGCGCCGGCAGCUGCGGCUGGCCAGCGGCGCGGCGGCGUCGUGCUCGUCGUCCAGCGGCUCAGAGGGCGACUGCUCGCCGCCGCACCGCUCCUCGCACAACUCGCAGAAGGUCCACAACCGCGCGCUCUUCACUUUCAAACAGGUGCGCAUGAUCUGCGAGCGGAUGCUGCGCGAGCAAGAGGCGGCGCUGCGCGCGGAGUACGAGUCGGCGCUCAGCUCCAAGCUCGCCGAGCAGUACGAGGCCUUCGUGCGCUUCAACUUGGACCAGGUGCAGCGCCGGCCUCCGCCCGCCACGUGCAUGCCGCUGGGCAUGGACGCCGAGCACCACAUGCACCAGGACCUGGUACCCAGCUAUCUGUCCUAAUAAUAGUAUAGGAGUGGGGCUGUGCGGUAUAAUACUGCAAAUAUAUCAAGACAAACAUAUUUUGGUAUAUGUGAAUAUUAUAUGCGGGAAUAGAGUAUCCUAUACAAUCAAGAACUUGUGAUUGCUAGUGGAAUUUAUCUAUCGUCGAUAUUGUUACAAAUAUUAUUAUCUAGUUCCAUUUGACUCACAAUAAUAUUAUUGACAGUAUUAUGAACUAAAACUAGACCACGUUUGUGCCUACUAAUUAAUAUGAUUAUGAAUGCAUUAUACAAAUUUAUAUUGUAACCUGAAAACAAUAUCGACCUAGAUAAAUUCCGCUGUUUUGUUCAUGCCACAUAAACAUAAUUAGCUUUUAAUGCUUUAGGUAAGGUUCGCUGGAUAAUUGUGUUCAUAGACUGAGGAUCGACAUAGCUGAGGAAACCGCGAUGGCUGAAACAUGUCGCGGUUUCGUUUUGGCCAUAUUUCGUAUAAACGGGUUUGUUAACAAAUGUAUACACAACAGACGUGAAGCCAAGUGUUUACUGUAUUUUGUAUAUUUUCUAAAGAUUACGAAAGAACCUGUAGUAACUUAGAUUCUAACACAAAUCACACAGAGUGCCUGUUAAGAAAUCAAUGUCCUCAAAUGGUUUUUGCUAAUUAGCCAUAAUUUUGAUUGAUAUGAUUAUAUUUAAUUUUACUUUUUUAGUUCUGUCGAAUUAUAGUUGUAGUUGUUAAUUUAUAUUCUUGUCAAAGAGUGCAAGCGCAGUUCUAUGGCAAGACAGCCUCGGGUAUCAGCCAGUUCGGACUAGCGACUAUAGUGUUCACAGUAACGGUAACGAAAUUAUAUUCCAAUAAAAUGCAGCCUUAAUAUUCAAAAUUUACUCACUGAUACAUCCAUGGCUUAUUAGAAAAUUAUUACAUUAGCUUUAUUUAAAUUUUUAAGUUAUUCAUCUCAAUAAGGUAUGUAUGAGUCGGUAAACGUGCCGAGUCGCACGCGGCGGCGUGAUGCGACGCGGCGCGGCCUACUAACGCACUUCGCGUGCAUUAUUGAGAAUUGUUUUAUAUUCUUGUUAGUUGUAACUUUUUAUUGAAUACGAAAGGAUAUAAUUUGUUACCAAGCAUUAUUCAAUAAAAAACAUAGGAUAGGUUUUUUUUAAAUUGUAUUAUCAGCUCAUUAUUAGUAGGUUAUUGGCGUUUAAGAACUGAAAAUAAAUUAGCUAAACACCUAUAAA